UAAGUUCGCACUGUAUUUGUUUGUUUUAACGGUGUCGGUGUGCCCUGUGCAGUGGUGUCUCCGUUAAGACGGCAGGGCGACAGGAUCUGCCGUCUGGAACAGCAGGUGUUGACCGGUUAUUUAGACCGGAUCUUUUAUUCCUCUUAGUGACGAAAACAACGACGUCGCGACCUCUGCAAAUGCCAGAAUGAGCUCGGGUGGCCCGGGCAGCGACACCGAGGAGUCUCAAGACAGGCCCUUUAGUCGAGCCUCUGAGCGAGACGAACCGGAGGAGGAAGAGUCCGAAGAUGAAGAAGAAGAGGAGGAAGAGGAUGAUAACCAAGAGCAAGCUUGUGGGAGCAACAGCGGGAAUGCUCAAAACCAGAGUAGCUCGAGACAUGAGCAUGGGGAGCGCACGCCUGCCUCUGGCGUGUGUGACUCUAUUUUCUCGUGGAUCUGGAAGCGGAGUGUCCGCCGGGGCCCAUACGUUGACCCAUCUAGGGAUAAUUUUCGUACCAUGACGAGUCUGUAUGGAUCAAUGAACCCUGCGAGCGAUUCAGUGAACCUGAACACGCAGACUCACGGUGCAGUCUUUAACCUCGAAUAUUCACCAGACGGGUCGGUGCUGACGGUGGCUUGUGAACAGACGGAGGUGCUGCUCUUUGAUCCGGUGUCCUCUAAGCAUAUCAAAACUCUGGUGGAGGCGCACGAGGACUGCGUCAACAACAUCAGGUUUCUGGAUAACCGGUUGUUUGCUACAUGCUCGGAUGACACCACGAUUGCUCUCUGGGACCUACGAAACUUGAGUGGGAAGGUUUGUUCGCUGCACGGCCACGCCAGCUGGGUGAAGAACAUCGAGUAUGACACACACACACGUCUACUUGUCACCUCCGGCUUUGAUGGGAAUGUCAUCACCUGGGACACCAAUAGGUUUACGGAGGAUGGCUGUCCCCAUAAGAAGUUCUUCCACACGCGUUAUCUGAUGCGAAUGCGUCUGACUCCGGACUGCAGCCGCAUGCUCAUCAGCACGUCCUCUGGUUACCUGCUCAUACUGCACGACCUGGACCUGACCCAGAGCCUGGAGGUUGGCAGCUACCGCAUCCUACGAGCCCGCCGCACUCCGCUCAGCACAGAUGGGUCUCCAUCUAGCUCACGGUCAGUUGGUGUUCCCCGCCAUGGAAACGACUCUAGCAAACUCCACCCCCAUAGAGAAGGUAUGUCUCCCAGGAACAGUCUGGAGGUGCUGACUCCCGAGGUUCCUGGAGAGAAGGAGAGGGGCAACUGCAUCACCUCCCUACAGCUGCAUCCCAAGGGCUGGGCCACACUACUGCGCUGCUCCAGCAAUACAGAUGACCAGGAGUGGACGUGUGUGUACGAGUUCCAGGAGGAGGAGCCUCAGCGCCACUCGGUCCUCCCGCGCUGCUCGCUGCGCCUCACCCACUACAUCGAGGAGGCCAACGUGGGCCGCGGCUACAUCAAGGAGCUGUGCUUCAGCCCGGACGGCCGGCUCAUCUGCUCGCCUUACGGCUACGGCGUGCGGCUGCUGGCGUUCGAUGGACGCUGUGGCGAGCUGACCGACUGCCUGCCCACGCGCACGGCGCUGCUGCGCGAGGUGCGCUCGGUCUACUCGCACAGCGACGUGGUGCUCACCUCCAAGUUCUCGCCCACGCACUGCCAGCUGGCCUCGGGAUGCCUGAGCGGACGCGUGGCCCUCUACCAGCCGCACUUCUGAACUGGACCAGGGGAUGGGGCGGGGCGGGAGAGCGGAGGUGGCCAAGUGUCUCUGUCUGUCUUUGUGUGUGUGUGUGUGUGUGUGUGUGUGUGUGUUUGUAUAACUGGGGUUGGGUGGUUAUCAGGAGAGAUGCCUUGCCGUGCCAUGCAACAUUUUGUGUUGGAGAAGGAGAUGGUGUGUGCGUGCGUGCGUGUGUGUGUGUGUGUGCGUGCGUGCGUGUGUGUGUGUGUGUGUGCGUGCGUAUGCGCGUGUGUGUGGUUGACCCAUACUAUGUGUUGUGCGGCAGGGUCAUAGUUUACGGCAGCUGCUAACCACAAGGCUCUGGGUGUCUGUGUGUGGGUGUGCAUUGGCCAGUGUGACUAUGUCGUAUUUGCUUGGAUAGUUGGAUGCUGUGUCACUGUGUGUGUGUAUGAUGAGUGAUGAUCUAUGAACUUUUACUUGCAGCUCUGUAGCUCAUAAAAAAAAAAUAUGAAGAGGAUUAAAAAAAGAAUGUGCUUUUUCUCUCCGUGUGUGUGUGUGUGUGCGCGCAUCAAAUCAAUUUUAUGCUCAAACAUUAAGAUGGAAUUUUCUGCUGCCUUCCUUUCAGUGCUGCUUUUUCUGCGCUUACAAUCUCACCUUUAAACUUUGAACCUCUCAUAGCCUUUCGCUCUGCAAAGCCGGCCUUUGACCUCGGGACCUCUGUUUGUGACGUGGUCACUGCUGUGAUUUUUUUAAGAAUGCUGGCAUGGACUCUAAAGGAACUGUGACCACAAGCUAGAAGAUUCCACAAAGUUCUACAAAAGAGGCCAUGCUACUCCGUUAUGGCAGUGUUCGGUUGGUGUAGUUACCAUGCUUGGCACACAUGGUAUCAAUGUACACAUCUGACAUGGCUACUUGUGCAUCAUUAUCACACACACACACACAGACUCACACAUGCACAAGUACACAUUCUAUGACUGACAUUUACACAAACUCAUUUCUUUGUCUUUUGUUUUGUUUUAUACUAAAACAUUAAGUGAUGGUUGUGAAGCUAUAUUAAGCCAUUUGGUACAUUUGUUUGUAUGGAUUUAAGGGAGAAUGAUUUGGGAUGAGGGAGUUCGUGUCACCAUGAAUGUGUGUAUGUGUCUGUGUGUGUGUUUGUGUUUGUAUGUCUGAAUCUUAUUGAGUGUUGUCAUCUAUACUCUCUUCACUCUUCUUUCAUUGGCCAACAGUUGUAUGUAUGUUGAUGACUCUGUGGGCAGAAAGGAUGCUGGGAAUUGUAGUCCCAUGAGCUGAACUCUAUCUGGACACUAAAGGACCUUCUUAGGCACAGGUAACAUGAUUGCCUGACCACACCUCUCUGCUCCAGGGAUAAGUUCAUAUACUCUUAAUUAUAGUUAUUAAAAAAGUGGUACGGUGGUAAAAAAGUAAUAAAAAGAAGACUGUUUUUCCA